UAAUUGAUGUUUAUUAAGCAGCUUCUGAUUGUUACUUCCUUUCCAUUCGCACACACUCAUUUAGCUACAGCUCGUGCUCUCAUGACUCAAUGGCCUUCAUUUCUGGACUCUAAUCUUGGUGUUAGAUCAGGAAAAAUCCAAGAAAUCCCACAGUUUUAGAAUAGAUUUGUGGUAAAGGAAGGGGCACCAUUAUGGUAUGAUGUACAAUCUUUUUAGGAGUUCAAAUCGUGUGUUGUAAAAAAAGAAAAGGAAAAAAAAAUAAUAUUUGAACCGACUCCCGAUGGCGGAGGAAAAACUCCUCCAAGAGGCACGAGGUGGUGCGUUUCCUUGGCAACAGGAUAUUAGGGAGGAGGCAGGAAAAAAAGGAUGCGGUGAUACAUGGUUUUGUGUACAUAGUUGAAUUGUGUAUUUCUCUACAGUCAGGCCCCCUAUGUUUUGUUGCUGCGAUCAGAGGAAGGCACCUCAGAUCGUUACAGUGUGCAUCACCUUGUCCAGCGACGGCCCCCCCCCAUGCCCCCUCCCCCCCCAUGCCCCCCCCAUGCCCCCUCCCCCCCCAUGCCCCCCCCCCCCCUUCCCCCCCCAAACCCCCUACCCGCUCGACGUGUGUCUGAUGUGGACUCAAUAGUAUCUAGCUCUAUCUACACAUGGUAAACCAUGUACUACAAAUAUGGCGUUUUGGCUUUUUGGAUUAUUUUAUAACGAUGCAUCCAUGAAAGAACCGUCUUUUCUGCUGGAACUUGCAUUGAAAUGUAUGACACCAAUGAAUGACUUUGCUUUUAACGUAAUCUCAUCUUAAAAAGCUAUGUUUGUUUUCAUAAUGAAAUGAUACCGGAAAGUUCAUAAUAUAUUGACUUUAUGUUCUGUUUCCUUUUUAUUUCAUGUUAAUAAUAUGUGUGUGUCUAUAAAUGGUAUGUGUAUACUUAAAUUCAAAGGCCUGAUGAUCAAUGGUAUCAUAUUUAAGGUGUCCAUUAUUCAUUUAAGACAAUGGUUGACGUAUGGAUUACUUUUGGCCUGUUUCAAUGAAGGGUUAAGGCAUAUUUUCUGUCACUCUGGAUGACGUUUGAGAAAUUAAUUGAAUAUAUAUGAAUAUAUUAGUCAACUUCCUUGACACAGGAUACAACAGAAAAACAACAAACAAAGUUUCUUAUUUUUUCGCUUUAAACAAUGUAUCCCCAGAACUAUUUUAACCUUGUCUUACCUUGUGACUCAAAAAGUAAAACAAAUGUUCAGAGUGCCCAUAUAUUUUAAAUACAAAAACGUUGACAAUUAAAGAUACCCUUAGACUCCCACAGAUUUGAAGUCUAUUGCCUCCGGAAAUAGAUCAGAAUUUGUCCAUCACCACACUUCGCUGCAAUUGUUGUAUCCCCUGGCAAAGAGCUUGGCGUGCAUAGCGUAGUCCUCCUGUACACGUCUCAAGUUGAAGUUUAAAAAGAACAAACUGUAGAUUCCCCUGUGAAAACACACACUUCUAGGUAUGUUGUCUUCGUCCCAACAUUGAUAAUUCAGCCUGAAUUUGUUCCUAGAGAAUGCCUCUUAGGAUGAGGGGAUCAGUGAUGACCCUGCCUCUGAUCAAGUAUUAGCUUCCACAGAGAUUAAAGGCUUUUUUUUUUUUUUUUGUGUCGUGCUUUUACAAAUUAACAGACCUCAAGGUCAACCGGAUUUGUAAUGUGAAAUAACAAUUAAAUUAUGUGUUAUCGAUCAUGAUCUAAACAAAAAUCUUGCAAUUUCUUUCAUGGCAAUUUGUCAUCCAUACUUGCAAGCAGGUGCUUCUGUAGAGAUGUAUUAGAUAUUUUUACUGUUAUUCUUUCACAAACAUCCAAAUGUGUUUACAGAAAAACAAAGAUCUGCAGUAUAGACCCCAUAAUGGCAGUAAAGGGGCUGCUGGUUAAGUCUACCCUUACACAUACAUGUCAAAGUGGAGAAGGCUGUGUAACUUCAGCUCUGUUGAGUUUUCCUAGCAACACUGUUGGGAGGCUGAACAGUAGCCAGCACUAACAGUCCUAGCAUGUCUUACCAGUUCCUCUCCCCAUCUCACAGUGUGUCUAAUAUGAAUGCUCAGGGCAAAAUUGGACUGGCUAUUGUACAGACUCCCCACCACCGACCUAAGCAUGAUUGGUGGAGAUGGGAAUUUGGUUAUGUGAUUUGAUAGUUUUGUUUACACCAAAAUAGUUGAUUUCUUUAAAAGUAAAUUAUAACACAAUCCAAAGUCUCACAUUAGGUGGAACCAAAACAUGUUUGGAACUUGCAUAUAUACAUACAAAUUAGCAGCUGUGAUGUUAAGUUCAGAGUUGCCAUAUUUUCUAGUAUUGAGACCAGCAGACAACCUAUAUGUGCACAGCACUAAUCAAUUCAGAAAAAUAACUGCAUUGAUACCGUUGACUGUCCUUGCCACCAUUCAAUGUACUACUUCCAAGCAGUUCAAAUCAAGCUUCAAAUAGGUACAAUAACCCUGUUACAAUCUGACCCUAUUGUGUGCUUGUGCGUAUGCAUGUGUGUGUGUGUGUGUGUGUGUGUGUGUGUGUGUGUGUGUGUGUGUGUGUGUGUGUGUGUGUGUGUGUGUGUGUGUGUGUGUGUGUGUGUGUGUGUGUGUGAGAGUGUGUGUGUGUUUCUGUGUGUCUGUCUGUUCGCCCUUAAUUAUUGAUCUAUUUCAUCAUGUCACAAGUUCUAUGAGCCAUGGGAUCUUUAAAAUGAACAUUAAGUCGGCAAACCGGUUUGCCUGUGUACAAGGAAUAACAUUGUUAUAUUUCAUGUAAUAUUUACUUUUCUUUAUACAUUUUUUUGCCCCCCCAUGCGUGAUUAACAGACGUUUAUAUAAUAUGUUUAAGUCAGUAAAUCCAUCUCCAAAUACAGCACAUGGUUUGGAAAUAAUCUGAUUCCUUAUGAUUGUAACCCUGGAAAUCAAUCACCGAAAGGAGCUUUCAAUCAUGGUACCUAAAUUUCCCACCCUUUUCUAUUUUAAUUUACUUUCUUAAUGCUUGAAAUUAUUGCAGUCCGUUUCUAAAAAAUAUAUAUGUAAUAAAGGUAAAUGAGAAAAUGUUAAUAACUUGAAAUAAAGUUGUUUGAAUUCAAUGUUCUGUAUUUGAAUGUGAAUUAAGAUGUUGAGGGAAAACAUUUUUUGGGGGCCAGCUUGGGGCACACGGAUCCUUAACGGUAGGCUGUUGUGUUUAUAAGCCAUGUAACAGUCAAAUAAAAUCUUAUGGUUACAUUGUA